CGAAAAGCUAAUCGCAACGAGCACGACGACGAAAAACACUGCUUGGCGUUAUUUUUUUCCUCCUUUCCUCCGCCGCCCCCUACCGUGAACGUCCGACGAGAACGAACGAACGAAAAACCAUAAAACCAUACGAAACGAAAUCCUUGCUUUUUUGCUCAUCACCAUCAUCAUUAGAGCGUACGUAGUAGUUUGAACGCCCAUAACAUCACACACACAAAAAAUAGAGCGUUACAGCCCACCGAGGAGGCCCGUGUGAUGUCGAUGUGAUGAUGAUCCAUGACAUCAGUCCUCUCCUUGUAACCUCCCGCUAAUGUUUUUUCCUUGCUGUUUUACGUUCAUUGCCCUUUCUUGUGCUUUUUGUUUGCAAUCGAAAACGCCUCUGCAAAAAGUCCCCCAUACGUUGUCAUUCCGGAAAUCGUUUCUUUUUAUUGCCGUAUUCCCUUGAAGGCUUGUUGCGUAGUUUAAAAUUUCAGACAUUGAUCGCGAGGUAAUCUUUAAAGUAGAAAAACGACCCUAUCUCCACACGCAGUUCUCCAGAGUUCAAAAAGUCCCUUUCUAGUGCGCUGCACCGUCUAUCAAGCGAUUUGGAGCCUUGGAACGAUGAACGUUGACAUGUCCACGUUCAACCCGCAAACAUGGAAGCAGAAUCCGCCAGUAUAUGCUUCUUUGCCGCCACCACUACACUAUCCACAUCAACAUCCACAACCGCAGCAGCAGCAGCAGCAGCAGCAGCAACCGCCGCAGCACCAUCACCGCCCUCAACAACAACCACAACAGGUCCCUCCUCACUUGCUGUUCAAUCCCUAUCCCGGCUAUCCUCCUUACGCCAUCUCACCGUACGCCUACCCACCAAACGCGCCCGGAUCGGCCUUUCCCACGCAUCAGCAACCAAACACUGGAGGUCCGCCCGAGGUUAUUGCACCUAUCGCCCUCGCGCGCGACGGUCCCAGUCGGCACGACAUGCUCAACGCUCCACAACCAAGAAGAAUGAGCGCGGCGAGUCCGACCAUGAGCAACAACAUUCCAAGAAAGACGCACAAUCGCAACUCUAGUAGUCUCGGCAGCAUCAAGAUAGAUGACGCGCACGGUGGACACAGUCCGGCAAUGUCGCCAGUACAACCUUUCAAUGCCUUUGCUUCACCGAUGAGCGUGGCAAGUUCGGUAUCGCCAUAUCUUGGGGCAACCUCGUAUGAAGGUAUCGGUACGACGGCUUCGACAGAAAAUCUUGAUUUGUUUGCAUCGCUGGAUACUCUCGGAAACGAUGGUAAUCUCUUGAAAGGACCAAGCACGGACCCUUCUCACUCGCUGAACUCUCAACUCGCGAUCGGCGUAUCACCGAUAACAUUGUCGGAAAGCUCGUUCGAGAGUGAUGACGAUGGACUCGAGCGAUUAUUUGAUGAUUUCACAUUGCCCACUCGUACGGACGGCAACGGCUCGAACGAUGGGCAGUAUGGUCACUUGGGAGCAUUGGUCUCUGAGCCAGUACGAGAAUCUGGUGCAAUAUCGCAAGUCGUUCCCAACCUUAUUGUUUCCGCACCGGAUGGUACAACUUCCUCAUCAGAGCCUCCAUCUACACCGUCAUCCUCCCAACGAACCUCAACAUCAUCGUCGGACAGUACUUUACGCUCGGAUCAGGAUCUCGGAGAGGCAGCUACGAAAGACGGCGGGUACUUUAAGUGUGCAUGUGGAAAGGGAUUCAAGAAACUUUCGUCCCUACGCUCGCAUGCGAGGUUACAUGGUCGGGAACGAAACUUUAUUUGCGACAAGUGUCACAAGGGCUUCCUUCGGAAACAUGACCUUACCCGCCAUGCAACGACGCACCUCAACGGCGCAAAGCCCUAUUCCUGCCCCUGUGGUGUAACCUUCACUCGCCAAGACGCGAUGAUGCGUCAUAUCCGGGCAGGGCGGUGCAAUAAACCAGGUCGAGGCCGUGGACGCGGAGGAGCGAAUAGAAACAUGUUAAUCGCCGUAAAUCACCAGUCCCAAAACCAAGGGCCUACGUUCACCCAAUACCUACCUAGUCCAAUGGUCCCGCACACGACGCCCAUAUCGCCCACUUCGCCGGUUGGAGUAAGCUCUGUACCUGCCAAUGCUGGAUUGAUGUUGCCAAUCUUGCUGCCAGCACCAGUAACCGGUGCCGCGGGGACAAUUGGGCUUGGAUAUCCUCAACAACCUCCCCUUCAAUAAAUGGAAAGUGAAAAUAAAAAGGGAAUGGUUGCUUUCUUUUUUGGAUUUUGAUUGAACGCAAAUGUAUGCAGUAUGCUAUUUGAGUGUGUACAGUUUAUUUUCGCUUUUAGGGUACAUUAGAGUGAUGGAGCUGGAAUGCGACGAGAACCCUAUAAUGCAGUCAAAGUGGCGAGUUGGCUGCAUGUAGGAUACCCAAUCUCGUUCUUUCUGCAUCUGUAGACACCAGAGAUGUCGAUGCUGUAAAGUUUUUUAUGCGGACCUGUCAAAGUUUAUGUAUAUAGAUUCUUUUGGUCGAUGGCCCAACUUCUGUAUUGCCUCUUGUUCUUGUAAGUCGCGUGUCUCCAAUGCUGACGUCAGCACUCAGC